AGUGAUAAUAUUUGGUGACUUGGAGUGCUAAGUAGAGUGAUUUCUUAAAUUUAAAUGAAAAAUUUUUAAAAAUGAAAAUCUAUUUAAAAAAAAUCCUUACUAACAUUUUGUUAGUCAAAAGGGGUCAUUUUCAUUAACUCGUUGUUAGCAAUUUAAAGAUGACCCAAAAAUAAAAAAAAUUAAUAAAUUUAAAUUUAUUACACUUAAAAGAUAAGAUUAUUUCUGGAAAAUCAUAUACUCAGUAUAAAAUUGAGAUUAUUUUAAAUAUUUUUUUAAAAAUUAAUUUCAAAUUAAAAAAGCAGCUAGCUGGAAGAGCAUGAAUGGCCGUCAGCGCCAACGACGAGAGAAAAAUCACACCCAUCCGCACCUGAGAAACUCAACGGCGACCACGAAUAGGAAGAUCAGAGUGCCUUAGAAAAGCAAAUGAAUCCGAACCUGAGAAUUCAGAGGUACUUGAUCGCGAUUGAGUCCAUCGGAACUCGCUUCGCCGGCGCUCAGCAACAACCAGAUUGCCUAACUGUCGUGGGAGCUCUGGAGGGGCAACUCGAAGUUCAGCUGACCAAAUUGACAAUUAGAUGCAACAUGUUUCAUGUGAUCAUGAAGUACAUGGUUCUUGGUGAAACAGCUGGUAAUUCAUUGUCAUAAUAGAGAUGUGACACAACAAUAGGGGUGGUGAGAUACUGAAGCCCUAUAACCCCUGCAACUCGAGCACCCAAAACUUCGACACCAUGAUGCAAUAAAAGGUCUUAUUUAUU